AUGACCAAUGAAAGUGUUUUGGCACGGACCCUGCCCCUGGUUGAUUCAGCAUCGCCCCCUACUGCUUUUCUUUCAAAUCAUAACAACCACAUGUCCAUCCGGAACAGCGGUGUGUCUUUUUUAUUCAACUUCUCUUCCAUAGGGUCAGAGGUCAAAGGACUGCUAGAAGAAACAAGAGCAGAGCUUCUAGAUGGUUUGUCGCUCGUGUGUUUAAAUAACAGAAAUGGUGUAAACGAUACAGUUCCUUGUGAUAACGCCACAAACAACACAGCAGCAGCUAUUGAUACUCCUGUAGCACCAUAUUCUCUGUGGCUAACAAUAUUCAUAGCUGUCUCCAUAGGUCUGUGUAUUAUACUUACCGUUGCUGGUAACAUUCUGGUAUUAAUGGCUUUUGCUGUGGAACGAGCCAUUCGACAGCCAAGUAACUAUUUUAUAGUUUCCUUAGCUGUAUCAGAUCUUCUUAUUGGGAUGGUAUCAAUGCCAUUCUAUGCUGUUUAUGUAUUAGUUGGUCGGUGGGAUCUCGGACCCAUUCCUUGUGACCUAUGGUUAGCCACUGACCACACCGUUUGUCUUGUUUCUAUUUACACCGUACUUCUUAUAACCAUCGACAGGUACUGCUCUGUUAACAUCGCCGCCAAAUACCGAAACUGGCGAACUAGAAGCAAGGUAAUAUUCAUGGUAGCAGUUACAUGGAUUAUCCCUUUCCUAGUCUUCUUUAUUAGCAUCAUGGGAUGGGAAUAUUUUAUUGGUUAUAGAGACCUGAAUCCUGGAGAGUGCGCCGUACAGUUUCUUAAAGACCCUGUCUUCAACACAUCACUGAUCUUUGGUUAUUUUUAUGCCACGUUAGUAGUGCUCUUUGUUCUUUAUGGAGGAAUAUACAAAACAGCCAGUGAUAUGCAGAAAAGGUCAGCAGCGAAACAAAAGAAAAUGCAGAGCCUAGUGACCAUGGGAAAAUCAUCAGGAAAAAACAAGACGAUUGGUUUAUCCAAAACACAGAGUACUUUACUCUGUCAAGACAAACCGAAAACAGCUCAGCCAGGAAAUUUAGAUACGGCAACAUCUGCAAACUCAAUUAAUCCCCAGAACUCCCAGGCUGUAGGACACGGGAGUGGGAAUUGUUCAUCCAAUCAGAAAACCUUGUUAAACAAAACUGGAAAUGCAGAAACCACCAUCUUUUCAGACAAGAAAGAGGCAUCUGAUCCGGACCGGUCCAGCAGCCCAAUGUUUGAUUCUGACGAGGAAGAUUAUCAAAAGCCAGAGAAGUCCUCAAAGCCAACAAAAAUGACUAAAGAUAAAAAUGAGCUGCAGCCAAUCGUAAACCAUGAUCAACCAAACGCUACGGUUGCUUCUACAAAAGACUUUACGUCAUCUCAUUCUAAAACACAAUUCGCAACAUUCCUCGGGAAGAAAGGCAAAAAAGAUAAAAAGCAUAUGAAAGAAAAAAGGCAAAAAUCCAAAUCUGAAAAUCGUGCUAGGAAAGCAUUGAGAACUAUCUCCUUUAUUUUAGGAGCGUUUGUUUUGUGUUGGACGCCAUAUCACAUAUGUGCAUUGGUGGAAGGAUUUUGUUCCGAUUCUGCUGGAUGUGUCAACUAUCACUUUUUCUAUUUUACGUAUUUCCUGUGCUACGCUAACAGCCCCAUUAAUCCUUUUUGCUACGCUUUAAUGAACCAACAGUUUAAGAAGACAUUUUAUCGACUUCUUCGAGGCGAUUUUCAUCAAACGUAGCUAUCCGGGUUCAUUCAUUUUAGAGCCCCACCUUCAUCUUACUACAUUGCGUUAAUAGCCAACUUAGCUUUUCAGUGUAACUCUUUUUCCGCAUUUUAGACUUAUAGGUAUGGUUGUCUCCUAUAUAAAACUAUUUUUAGAUUAGAUAAAAGUAUCUUCUUUUUCUGACUCUAUGU